GUCUGUCUCUGGUUGUCGAGUUGAUCAUUAGGACUCAACGUUGCAUUACAGAAUGACAUUGCUGGGGUUUGUGAUGCUACUAUGCAUCCUGGGAGCUCAAGCUACCUUGGAUCUGAGAAAUGCUGCUGCCAUGGCUGCAGGCUUGUGUAACACCAAGCCCACUGACCUGGUGUUCAUCAUUGAUAGCUCUCGAAGUGUCCGUCCUGCUGAGUUUGAGCAGGUCAAGGUCUUCCUGACCAAGGUGAUUGACGGUCUCAACGUUGGGGCUGAUGCUACUCGUGUGGGUGUUGUGAACUAUGCCAGUCAGGUGAAGAAUGAGAUCUCUCUGAAGUCCCACAAAACCAAGGCAGGACUGGUCAAGGCUGUGUCCAAGAUUGAGCCACUGUCCACGGGUACCAUGACUGGCCUAGCCAUCCAGUUUGCCAUGAACAUGGCCUUUAGUGAAGCAGAGGGAGCACGCAAAUCCACUGGCAUCAGCAAGGUGGCAAUUAUCGUGACCGAUGGCCGGCCACAGGACAACGUGCGUGACAUUGCAGCAAAGGCACGGGAGUCUGGCAUUGAGCUAUUUGCCAUCGGAGUGGGCCGUGUGGACAUGCCCACGCUCAGGCAGAUGGCCAGCGAGCCUCUUGACGAUCAUGUAGACUACGUAGAGAGUUACAGCCUCAUUGAGAAGCUCACCAAGAAGUUCCAGGAAGCCUUCUGUGAGAUGGUGUCGGACCUAUGCGUGACCGGCGAUCAUGACUGUGAGCACAUUUGCAUAAGCACACAUGGAUCUUUCAAAUGCUCCUGCAGAGAGGGCCACACACUCAUGGAGGACGGCCGAUCUUGCAGCGCCUGCAGUAAUGCGGUCACAGAUGUGGUCUUCUUGAUUGAUGGCUCUAAGAGUGUGAGACCGGAGAACUUUGAGCUGGUGAAGAAAUGGAUCAACCUGAUCAUAGACAAGUUGGACGUGUCAGAGACAAAUACCCAUGUGGGACUGGUGCAGUAUUCCAGCACUGUGAGGCAGGAGUUUCCUUUGGGACGCUACAAUAACAAAAAGGAACUGAAAGAAGCUGUAAAAAAGAUGGUCUAUAUGGCGAAGGGAACCAUGACUGGCCAAGCCCUCAAUUUUAUGUCAGAAAACAGCUUCAGUCCUAACCAGGGUGCCAGACCUGGAGUGACAAAGGUCGGUAUUGUCUUCACUGAUGGCAGGUCACAAGACUACAUUGGAGAUGCAGCCAGGAAGGCCAAAGAGAUUGGAUUUAAGAUGUAUGCUGUUGGAGUUGGAAAUGCUAUUGAGAAUGAGCUGAGAGAGAUCGCCUCUGAACCUGUCACUGAUCAUUACUUCUACACCGCUGACUUCAAGACCAUGAACCAAAUUGCCAAGAAGCUGCAAAUCAAUGUUUGUCAAGAGGAGGAUCCCUGUGAAUGUAAUUCUGUUGUCAAGUUCCAGAAAAAGGUGGAGGAGGCCCUAACAGCAUUAACAAAGAAAUUGGAAGCUGUGACGAAACGUAUCACUGCCCUGGAGAACAAGAUUGUUUGAGAAGACACCAGCAACUAAUUCGUAGAGUGUUGCCCCAUUCUCCUUUUGUAAAGUUGCCUCAUGUGACCUCUGACCCCUAUUCUUAUGUUCCAUUCCUCCAAUCCAUUUCUUUCUGCUCUCUUGGCCUUCAUCACUAUCAUUCUUGGGGGCGGAGAACUGAUUGUUAUGGUGACCAUGGCGUACCUGUCUACACUUGAUCUAAAUUAUGGUCACCCCAAAAAGGAAGGUGAGACCCUGUGUGCAUUACCAUUGUCCCCCAUCAGCAGCCAGUGUGAAAUCUGUAUACUUGAGCAAAAGUCUGCCAUGUCAUGGUGUAUGUGCACUAAGGGACAUACACCUGCACAUACAAGUCUUCCCUGUGGGGAGGUGGUGUGUAUAUUAAAUCACUCUUUGCUUUUACUCAUUCUGCCUUUCUCAAACCUUUCCUUCAAAUGUUCAACCUUUUUGCCCAAACAAAAGGUUUCUAUUAUUUUAAAUGAAAUUUAUAUAUAUGGGUAAUUUAAUAUGAGAUUAGACUUGAACUACGUAUGUAAAUGCUUGUUUAUUUUCUAAAAUUCAGCACUCCAUGAAGUGAGUAACAGAGCACACACAACCAGACAAAACACACACGUACAUAAGACACAGGCAACCACUCACCCACUCAGAUACAGCUUGUGAUGAUUCAAUAAAAUCCCACUUUGUGUCUGUGUUUUUGUU